UGGUCUGGUUUCCUGGCGACGAAGACCAGGUGGCUACGGCUUACUGGCCUAAGUACCUUUUCUUUUGCCUGAAGUUGAGCUGGCAGUCAUGCCUUGGCUACUCACAACCCCCAAGCUGGUUCCUGCCAUAGCAAGUGCUCGCGGUCUCUCAGGAUGCGUGUUGUGUUUACAGCGAAGGUAUUCCCUCCAGCCUGUGCCAAAGAGGAGGAUUCCAAACCGAUACUUAGGCCAGCCCAGUCCUGUUACACACCCUCACCUCCUCAGUCCAGGGGAAGUGACACCAGGACUAUCUCAGGUGGAAUACGCACUUCGCAGAUACAAAUUAAUGUCUCUGAUACACGAGGAAGCACAAGGGCAGACUGGGACAGAUCAGACAGUAGUGCUGCUCUCCAGCCCUACGCACUACAUGAGCAACGAUAUCCCCUACAUUUUCCACCAGGACAACAAUUUCCUCUACCUGUGUGGAUUCCAAGAGCCUGAUAGCAUUCUGGUCCUUCAGAGCCUCCCCGGCAAGCAGUUGCCAUUUCAUAAGGCCAUACUUUUCGUGCCUCGAAGAGACCCUGGUCGAGAACUUUGGGAUGGCCCUCGAUCUGGCACAGAUGGAGCAGUAGCUCUUACAGGAGUGGACGAAGCCUAUACGUUAGAAGAAUUUCAACACCUACUCCCCAAACUGAAAGCUGAGACAAACACGGUUUGGUAUGACUGGAUGAAGCCUCCUCAUGCACAGCUUCACUAUGACUACAUGCAGCAUGUGACUGAGGCCAAAGCCAGGAGCAAGAACAAGGUUCGGGGUGUCCAGCAGCUGGUGCAGCGCCUCCGACUAAGCAAAUCUCCUGCAGAAAUUCAGAGAAUGCAGAUUGCUGGGAAGCUGACAUCACAGGCUUUCAUAGAGACCAUGUUUGCCAGUAAAGCCCCUGUGGAGGAAGCCUUUCUUUAUGCUAAGUUUGAAUUUGAAUGCCGGGCUCGUGGCGCAGACAUCUUAGCCUACCCACCUGUGGUUGCUGGUGGUAAUCGGUCAAACACUUUGCACUAUGUGAAGAAUAAUCAACUCAUCAAGGAUGGUGAAAUGGUGCUUCUGGACGGAGGCUGUGAGUCUUCAUGCUAUGUGAGUGACAUCACCCGCACCUGGCCUGUCAAUGGCAGGUUCACUGCCCCUCAGGCAGAGCUCUAUGAAGCUGUUUUAGAGAUCCAGAGAGCUUGUCUGACCCUCUGCUCCCCUGGGACAAGUUUGGAGAACAUCCACAGUGUGAUGCUGGCACUGUUGGGGCAGAAGCUGAAGGAGCUGGGAAUCAUGAAGAACAGCAAGGAAAAUGCCUUCAAGGCUGCUCGAAAAUACUGCCCUCACCAUGUUGGCCAUUACCUUGGAAUGGACGUACAUGACACUCCAGACAUGCCUCGUUCCCUCCCCCUGCAGCCUGGUAUGGUGAUCACAGUUGAGCCAGGCAUUUAUAUUCCAGAGGAUGACAAAGAUGCUCCAGAGAAGUUUCGGGGUCUCGGUGUACGAAUUGAAGAUGAUGUGGUGGUGACUCAGGACUCACCUCUAAUCCUUUCUGCAGAUUGUCCCAAAGACAUGAAUGACAUUGAACAGAUCUUCAGCAGGGCCUCUUGAUUCCCCCCACUGCAGCCCACAUGCAUCUCAGGUUCAAGAUGGGUGUUGGCAUCCCUGCACAUGUGUUCGGUCUCUGUGUGUGUUUAUACACAUGUUCCAUUUGGGAG